AUGGAUCCUUCACAUUUCACUGACCAUAUGAAGCAGGUUGCCCACGCCAUGGGCUCGAGUCUGACAGAAGAUGACAUUGCCCUCAUGCCAAGCGAAUUGAGACUCAGAGGUCCAUUUAAUUACCUCAAAUUCUUCGAGUACAUGGCCACCUUCAAGAAAUCAGAGCAACAGGAGGAAAUAAUUCGGAAAGCGUUUGAACUACUGGAUAAGGACAAGAGCGGUUACAUCGAGUGGAAUGAGAUAAAGUACAUCCUCUCCACCAUUCCCGCCAAUGUUCCAAUUGCCCCUCUGUCGGAUGAGGAGGCAGAUGCUAUACUGCAGGCAGCGGACGUGGAUGGAGAUGGAAGAAUUGACUUUAAAGAGUUUCAAGCCAUGGUUAAGGAAGAAAAGAUGCCAAGGAAAAAGUAA